AUGAAGUACGUUAUUGAACAUAUGGAGCAUGGCUUCAGUGAGUGGGUCACAUUGGAAUAUGCACAAAUAAUUAGAGAAGUUGGUUCUGAAAAUUUAAUAUUGUCAUCGCUCCCACAAGGUACGGAGACUAAAGACAUACCGCAACAGCUGUUGGAAUUGGGGCUAAGAUGGACAACUUGCGAUCUGUUACAUUUACGGGAAUCGUUUCAGGAUCUGGUGCCAUUGAGCAAUGGUCGUGUCUGUCUGCUGGAUCCAAGAGCGUCACAAGAUAUCCAACCUGAUGAAAGCGCAAGUUUUGAUUAUUUUGUAUUUGGGGGCAUUUUGGGUGAUCACCCACCGAGGGAUCGUACAAGUGAAAUUAAGAACCAAUAUCCGAAUUUAGUUGUCGGGCGUCGUUUAGGUGAUAAACAGAUGACUACAGAUACGGCCGUAAGAACCACACAACUAAUAGUCGAGAAGAAGGUUGCACUAGACAAGAUUAGAUUCAUUGAUUAUCCUGAGUUUCGGUUCAAUGCAAAUGAAGCGACUGAGAUGCCAUUUCGUUACGUAAUUGACGAAAAGGGGGAGCCAAUUCUGCCUGCAGGUAUGAUGGAAUUGAUCAAGAAAGAUUCAGAACAGUCUUUGGAUGAUUUAUUGUAG